CACAGCAUGGAGGCAGCAGAGAGAGCCCAAGUGGUGCAGCACUGGAUAGAGGUGGCUCUGGAGUGCCACCUACGAAAAAAUAUCUCCACCUUCUUUGGAAUUGUGUGUGCUCUGCAGAGCAGCCAGCUCCAAGGCCUGAAGAAGACGUGGAGAUUGGUUUGCAGGGGCGAGAGUCCAGAUACAAGAGCUUCUGGAAGAAACUCAAGAGAGGCUGCAAGAAGCCUCAACAAUUGGACUAUCCCGAGGGCACAGUCCCUUACCUGGGCACCAUCCUCACACACCUGGCCUCACUGCACAAAGACCAAGAUUCCAAGGAUGGCUCUUGGCUGAACAUAAAAAGACGAAGAGAGGUGAGAAAAUGACACCUUCCUCUGCAGGCAGCCAGCUGUGCGGGUCCCUUAGGUCCUUUCUUCCCUCUGAUGUGGAUGGUCACAUCACUUGUCCUGCAGAGGUCAGGAGAUGGGGCCUUGAGCUGGGGAUCUAGGACAGCUUGCUGGGGUUGGGCACUGGACCUCAGUAGAGAAAGGCAAGUGUGUUGGGGAGAGACAAGAGUGAAGCCAAGUGAAGACCCGAAGUAAGCCGCCUGGCCUACCUUGCCCUGGUCCA